UCUCCCCUUUCAGUCAAAGAUGGCGGACAUCGACAAAUGGAUCGAGAUUGCAAAACAAUGCAAAUAUUUACCUGAAAAUGAUUUGAAAAAACUGUGUGAUAUGGUAUGUGAGCUGCUGUUGGAAGAAUCUAAUGUCCAGCCAGUCAACAGCCCUGUCACUGUGUGUGGGGACAUCCAUGGCCAGUUUUACGACCUCAUGGAGCUCUUCAGAACAGGUGGAGAGAUGCCAGACACUAACUACGUGUUCAUGGGAGACUUUGUAGACAGGGGUUACUUCAGUCUGGAGACCUUCACACUUCUGCUGACCUUGAAGGCCAAGUGGCCAGACAAGAUUGUUCUGCUCAGAGGUAAUCAUGAAAGUCGCCAGAUCACACAAAUCUAUGGCUUCUACGAUGAGUGCCAGUCAAAGUAUGGCAAUGCCAAUGCCUGGAGAUACUGCUGCCGUGUCUUUGAUUUGCUCACCAUAGCUGCUAUCAUUGAUGAAGUAAUAUUGUGUGUGCACGGAGGUCUUUCGCCCGACAUCAAAACUAUCGAUCAAAUCAGGACCAUUGAAAGAAACCAAGAAAUUCCCCACAAAGGUGCUUUUUGUGAUCUCGUGUGGUCAGACCCAGAAGAUGUGGACACGUGGGCCAUGAGUCCUCGAGGUGCGGGCUGGUUGUUCGGGUCAAAGGUCACCAGUGAGUUUGUGGCUCUCAACAGUUUGAAGUUGAUAUGUCGAGCUCAUCAGUUGGUCAAUGAAGGUUACAAGUUUAUGUUUGACGAGAAGCUGGUGACGGUGUGGUCGGCGCCCAACUACUGCUACCGCUGUGGAAACAUUGCAGCUGUGUUGUCUUUCCCCGACUCAGAUCCGGACAGCAAAGAAGCUAAACUGUUCCGCGCCGUCCCUGACAGCGACCGCGUUAUCCCGCCCCGCACGCAGACUCCCUAUUUCUUGUAAUUGUUUGAGCCUCAUGGAAACGUAGAGAAAGUCGUACCCAUGCUGCUGCCAUUGAUUGCCUGAUGACUUGUGUACUGUUGAAACUCUAUUGAAGUAAAUUGAGAGAUGAGUAUGUCGUUAAGUACACAAUACCAUAAUGCAUUGAAAUAAGAAAAUGCGACGGCGCUCAUAUGACCUUAUGAAGUUGCAAGCACCAUAAAACCUCUUCUAAAAAAGAAAAUGCCUCACAAAUAAUCAAAGUAAAGAUUGUUUUGUUUAGCUGUUUGAAGAAGGAUUUCAUAGAUUGUAUUUUACUAACAUAAAGAAAAGUUGUAGUCCCCUAUAUAGCAAUUGAAAUUUUCAGUGUUUGUUGAUCUGAAUGGGGGAAAAGAGAGCUAUUGUUAGAAUGAUUUUGUAAAUAUGCAGAUUUGUUUUCACAUGGGAGAAUAUGCUGUAUGUUUGGAUGUUGGCCCUUUGGAUGCUCGAGGCCUGUAGAUACAUGUGAAAUGUUUAUUUUCAUAUAUAUAUAUAAAAAAUGUAAAAUGCACGAAAGACUUGUACACAGUUUGUGUUUUCUUGUUGUGAAAACUUCCAAGUAUUGCUGCCCGAGUGAUUUCACAUGUCUGACGAGCUCAGUGUUUGAUGGUAAUAACGUAUGACUUUGAAGGAAGUAAAGCUUUUCUUUUGGCCUGUAAAGCCCAUAGACGAAGAGGAGUUUGAUAGCUGGAAGUAAAGCGCAUAGAUUUCCUUAAGACACUUCUCUGCUGCAAGCCUCUUUCUCCCCCCCCCCCCCCCCCCCAUCCCCCCAGCUAAUGUUGGCACAUGGUUCACUUUAAUGUGGAGUGUGGAAAAGGUUAUCUUUCUUGUCUUUCCCAAAGAUGCAACCUCAGAGCUUGAGCCGUCGGGCAUUGAAUUCGCCAGUUUUUUAGCCAUAAGUUGGGCAGGGUAUCCUUACCAGGGGGUCUGAUUUGAUUGCAGACUUGUGUGUUUCACUGCCCAGCUUGAUAAAGUGUAUAGCAUCGUAAAAAUAAAUGUGUUCUCGUCUUAUGACGUCGUAAGAGAGUUCAAGAUAAUGGACUUAAUUAUUAAUUCUACUGGUAGAAAUUGUUGAAAAAUUCUUCUCAUUUUAGUGCAUGCUUUCUGUGCUCUCUGUAAUGUUGAAGUUAAAAACUUCUGAAGUAAAGGCGACUGUGUUUGUUCAAGAUGUAAUGGCAAGUGAUUUGUGUUGUAAAGUAGACUACUUUAGUGACCUAAUUUUGAACAUCCUAUAAAUCUGCAUUUGGCAUUUGCAAUGCAAUGAAUGAUAUUGAAACGAUGCGAUAUUUGGAACUCCAAACGAUUGUCUGAUAAGCAAUAUGUUCUGACUGAUUGCUGUGCAUUUUUUUUUCACCGAGACUCUCGGUCAAAGUUAUGUUGAGCUUGGCAAGAGUGGUGUGUACAAAGAGUGUCUAGCUUGUUGAUGCAGAUAUACUUGUUCUCUUGUUCGACAAAUGAUGAACACAGACAUUUGUUUCAUUGUACAGACAAGCAUAGGGCAGGAAGAUUGAUGUUGAGAUUAUUUUUGAGUGGGCUCGUCAGAAAUCUAAGUGAGACUGUGUGUAUUUGUGUGUGUGUGUGGGUGUGCAAGUUUGGCUGUACAUAUUUUUAUCCCAGCCAGUCAUUAUGCUGACAUGUCAAUGACAAUGGUGUUAUUUUCCAACAUGCUGCAUGCAGUGGCAGAAGUUUGCAGUUAUGUGUUCAGUCCUGCAUUUGAUUUGUGAGCUCUUUACAAUUUCAUUUUCCUGGUGGGGGGAAAAGUGGCCAAAAAAGUAAUGGCAGUAGGGGAGUGGUAUUUCUCUCUUUGGUUUUUCCUGGGGGGGGGGGGGGUUGUAUGUUUUGACUUGUUACUGUUUGUGUAAUUGUUAAUCUUGUUUUCUUCCUUCUUGUUACUAGUUGCGUGUGGAAUUUUCUUUAAGUUUUUUCCAACGUGUGAGACUGAUGUUUCUGAAGCUUCCUGCAUGGUGAUAUGGCUGUAAGAACUUGUCUUUUCUGACUCGGGUACGAGUUUACUGGCUGUGCCCUGUUACCGUCUGCGUACAGGUAAGGUGCUGUGCCUUACCAGUACUGUGUGGAAACCACUCUUGUCAUCUCAGCUGAACUGACAACUUGAACGCUGUCUCGUUAAGUGUCACUGGGACGUUUCAUUUCUGUUCAUCAUUGUUUGCUUGAAUCGGGACCAGGUUGAAUGACAUAAGUACUGAAGAAUGCAAUUUAUUUAGAAAUUAAUUGAUUUCCUGUAAAUAAGGGAUGUCCGAUAAUUGUGUUUUUUCGCAAAUGAUAGAUCACUUCUUCCUUUUUGUUUGUGAUGCCCACUUUGUCAACUUUUUCUUGUAAAAUUAUAAAAUGAAUAACUGAAGAUCUCACUUUGAGGUGGCACUGUUGGCAACAGAAUAUUGAAAUGGGAUGGAGACUUAUUUGAGGAAGAGCGGGUGGUUGACUGGUGCUGUGGUAUUGUGCGCUCUCUCCUUCCUCUACUUUUCAGUGCUACUGCAAUCCUUUUCAUUUCCUGGUGACAUGUGGUUGUUCUUUAUGCAUGUUUACUGUAAACUACCACUUCAGAAGGACGAGUUAUAUUGAGGGGAAGAAUGUGUUAUGAUCAAUUCAUGACAUUCCGUAUUUUCCUUUCAGUCAUUAGGUCAGAAAAGUGAUUGCUAGAAAGGGCCAGGACAUUGUAGCCUACUGUGAAUACUGUGAAUGUUGGGGGGGGGGUUUCUGCACCAAGCAUUUAGAAUGUCAUGUAUGUUUCGUGGAAUGUUGAAAGUUAGGGGUUUUUUGGAUGGGGGGAAAGGGUGGGAACUUUGGAGAGGAAGGUUAAUAAAUGGGUGCAGCUGUCACAUGGUGAUUCACAGAAUUGUAUUUGAAAUGUGAUGUGGAUGACUUACUUGUAUUUGACUUCUGUAAUAAAAAAAAAAUCUUUGAUGUA